AUGAUGCUACGUUUAGGUAGAAUUAAGCCGUUUUUGAGGGACAGUACAUUAAUUAAGACUGCCUCACAAAUCCAUAUCAGAUGCCAAUCAGUUGUAAGCGAUCUAACUACUUUCAGCGAAACAUCCCACAGCAAAGAAUUACCUGAGUCGCUUAUAAAAAAAGCUCAAUUGUACGGAAAAGAAUUUUUAGACCUCGAGCAAAAACUUUCAAAAGGUGAAAACUUUAAUGUAGAUGAUCAGAAACGAUUUGCUAAAUGUUCAUCAGUGGCAGAGACUUUGAAAAUAUAUCAGGAUUAUCUUUCCGAAUUACAUGAGUUGAAUGAAAUGAUAACAAUGGACCCCUCCUUAAAAAUGGAAGCUGAGAUAGAGAUUCAAACGAAAAUACCCAAGUUUAAUGAAAUUUCAAAUAAUUUAUUGGGUAAACUUUUACCCACCCAUCCAUUUGCAGAUAAACCAUGUAUUAUAGAAUUAAGACCCGGUGUAGGUGGUGUAGAGGCAAUGAUUUUUGCGCAGGAUUUGGCAUCUAUGUAUAUGAAUUAUGCUAAUGCUCAUCGUUGGAAGUAUCACAUAAUUUCACAACAAUUGAAUGAGAGUGGAUCUGGUAUCCUUAGUUCAGUAUUAAGUAUAGAUGAACCAGGAUCAUAUGACAGAUUAAGAUUAGAAGCUGGUGUACAUAGAGUUCAACGGAUCCCAGCGACUGAGACAAAAGGUAGAACUCAUACUUCUACUGCGGCUGUGGUAGUACUUCCUAAAUUAGCAGAUGAUUCUGAGAAAUCAACAGAAGCUUAUGAGCGAACCUUCAAACCUGAUGAGAUAAGAGUCGACGUAAAGAGAGCAAGUGGUAAAGGUGGUCAACAUGUUAACACCACUGAUUCUGCAGUUAGACUAACGCAUUUUCCAUCUGGUAUUGUUAUCUCGAUGCAAGAUGAGAGGUCUCAACACAAGAAUAAGGCAAAAGCGUUUACCUUGUUAAGAGCCAAAUUAGCUGAAAAGGAACAACGUGAAAAGGAGGCUGCAGGAAUUGCCGCAAGGAAGGAACAAGUUACCACUACAGAUAGAUCUGACAAAAUUAGAACUUAUAACUACCCACAAAACAGAAUUACUGACCAUAGAUGUGGGUUUACUGUUCAUGAUAUUCCUGGUGUGAUGACAGGCGAUAAACUAGAUGAAAUUAUUGAUGCUACCAGAACAUAUGAAACUGAUCAAAAGGCUAAGGAUUUGCUAAUCGAAUAA